UCCGAUGGCUGAAGAUAAAACCUUUCGCUACGGACUCAUUGUCCUGGGAUUCUUUCUGGUGAUGAUUGGCAUGUUCAUCAUGAGUGUGGAGAAGCCCCAUAUCUACAUCACCUUCUGCACCCUGGGGAUCUUGAUCAUAGCCGUGGGCAUCAUUUGGAGCAUGUGCCAGUGCUACCCAAAGGUCAGAGUUGUUUCUGUUGACACAGAGUCUGAGACUUUCCUUGUAAAGAAGCCUGCUGCUUUGUCUGCUGAAAAUGAUAUUCCUGAGAAGAACAGUUCGCAGGCACCCUACACCAGCCAGAAAGAAGCGGAUGUCUAUGAGAAAAGCCUCCCAUCCUAUGAACAGAUCCAAAUGAAGGCGGCAGGUGCUGCAGAGUGCUUGGGAGUUCUGCCUAUUCCAGUCCCACCAGUUGGGGCAGGAGAAUGUAUCCAACCUAUUGUACAGGCCAAAGCAGAGGUCCACAGGGAUUCAGAGAGUGACACAGGUACCUACAAGGAUCUAGCAUCCCAGAAGAAAGGAACAAGCUUGGGCUGCCAGUCUGAGAGGGUUCCAAGUCGAGCUCCAUUAGCUUCUCUCCAAGAGGAAGUGGACACCUCUUCAGUGAGAUCUACUCCCAACAGCCCAUUUCUACAAAGGUGGAAGGAUGACCCAAAUCUUGUGAAUUCAACAGAAAGUCAGCUCAGAUUCAAACUUCCUUGCUAUGAAGAUUUUGCCUUGAUUGAUUCUCUGACAGUUGAAGGUCAGGAUCGGAGCGAUGAAAAGACAACGGCCUCCAUCCAAAGCCAUUGCUCUGUUCCUUCCACAGCAGGAGAUAGUACCUUUUCUAUGGCAGGAGCUGGGGAAUUGGAACACGGAGCCAUACAGAAGGUGGAAGACGACGAUAUGUACUAUGGGAUAAAAGAGGGACCAGGGGAAACCCUCACAUCUGUGGAUGCUGUCUCCAACCAAAAGACCAAGGCCUAAAAAUGGGGAAUGGGAUAGGUAAAGGACCCAACAUUGUCACGGGGUUCCAUAACCAAGACAAAUGAAGAGUUACGUGAAGGGGGCUCAACCAAUCAAGUCAACAACUCCUGAGCCUCAGUUUUAAACUCCAGGAGGUGAGAGGAAAGGGAUCCCAAGCAGUGGUCAUGUUGUCCUGUUCUCUGGGGAUUUGAAGGGAGACGUCUGAGAAGAAUAAAGAAUACAACCAAAGUAGUAGAAUAAGAGAAAGAAGAGGGGGAUGUGUGUAUUCACAAUCCAAGAGGAAAUUGGAUUGUUU